GAGAGACUCAACAGAGAGACUCAACAGGGAAAGCUAUAGGAUUCAACAUUGUCCCAUUGGUUCCGUCAUUUACUCUAUGUGAACUGAGGAAAGAGGGGCUCAAGCAGGAUUAUAUCAAUAUGCAGGAUAAUUAUGCAGGAAGGAAAUUCAAACCACUGAAAGUCAAACAAGGGAGGAUACAAGAGUGACUGAUUGGCUGAGUGGACAGGAGGAACUGGAAAGUGUAUUGUGAGACAGAGAGCAGUCAGACACUUUUGGUAAGACAGUGUAUCAGAGAGUGCUAUUUUAAUACAACGUGGUGUUAUUGCUAGCAUUAGGAUAGGAAUCGGGAUAGUGUGUUAAUAUCGUAGCUAUCAGCUGUGUGUGUGGGGGUGGGCAGUACGUCAGAGACUCCUGGGCAUAUUUUCCUGUCCAAAUGGAUAAGGAUGCAUCAGGUCACAGUGGCAGUCCAGCCACGCACAGGAAGGGGAAGGGGAUGUUCGGGCUGAAAGUGAAGAAGAAGAAGAGAGUCACCACAUCCGAUCUUGUCUUGGCCAAUAAAGCAGCUCUAGAUGGUACAGAGCCAGAGGGUAAAGCUGAGGUCACUGGUCUGUUAGAAGGACAGUACCCCGACGAUAGUCAGCCUGGCCUUUCUGGAACACUACCUGUCAGACAGCUACCCCAGACCAAGAGGUCUAAACUACGACCAAAGAUUCUGGACAGUGAGAAAAGACCACAGACUUUCCAGAUUGCCAUCAACAUCACCGAGGCCAAACAGCUGGUGGGGGAGAAUAUUGACCCUAGCGUAAUCAUGGAGGUAGGAGACGAGAAGAAACAGACCACCGUCAAAGAGGGCACCAACGCCCCCUUCAUCAAUGAGUACUUCGUGUUUGAUUAUUACGGCCAUCAAGAGAGCUUUUUUGACAAAGUCAUCAAACUAUCAGUAAUGCAUACCAAGAUCAUGAAAGGCUUCUGUGUGGGCUCCUUCAAGAUGGACGUGGGAACGGUCUAUAGACAACCUGGUCACCAGUUCACCAAUAAGUGGGCGGUGCUGACGGACCCGGCAGACAUCAGGACCGGGGUCAAAGGUUACCUGAAGUGCGACAUCAGCGUGAUGGGGAAAGGAGACGCCAUACAGUCCUCCCAGAAGACCAGCGAUGCUGAGGAGCAGAUAGACAAGAACUUGUUGGUUCCCGAGGGGUUCCCCUCAGAGCGUCCCUGGGCCAGGUUCUAUGUGAAGGUGUACCGAGCGGAGGGUCUGCCUCGUAACAACUCCUCCAUCAUGGCUAACGUCACCAAGGCCUUCAUAGGGGACAACACAGCCCUCAUAGACCCAUACGUGGUGGUGACCUUCUUCAAACAGAUGGGCAGAACGUCCACCCAGAAAAGUACAGCAGACCCUGAGUGGAACGAGCAGAUAAUAUUUACUGAGAUGUUCCCUCCCCUGUGUCAACGGCUGAAGAUCCAGGUGUGGGACGAGGGCAGUAUGAACGACGUGGCCAUAGGAACACACUACAUAGACCUGCGGAGGAUCUCCAACAAACAGGAUGGGGACAAAGGUUUCCUCCCUACGUUCGGACCGGCCUGGGUCAACAUCUACGGUUCGGCCCGUAACUUCUCUAUGGUGGACGACAACCCCGAACUGAACGAGGGGGUCGGGGAAGGGGUGUCCUGGAGAGGAAGGGUAUACCUGGAACUGGCUGUAGAGAUACUGUCAGGUGGGGGAGGAGGAGGAGGAGGGGAGUCCAAGCUGUCCCGGUUAGUCAAACCUCUGAAGGACGCUAAGGCAGGUAAAGCAGCAGGAAAGGACCCUAAGGGGGCAGGAGGAGGAGGAGGAGGAGGAGGAGCGGUGGAGGAAGAGAAAGCCAAGGCCCUUGGGGCGGAGGUGAUACCGGUGGAGUCUCCACCUCAGCUCAAUGACAAGGACAACUUUUUGCUGUUCGGAACGGUAUUCGAGGCCACGAUGAUCGACAGAAAGAUCGGAGACAAACCCAUCAGCUUUGAGUUGUCUGUUGGUAACUUUGGGAACGUCCAGGAGGGCUCUCCCCAGGUCAGCGGUAGGAGGAAGGUGGAGAAGCCAGUAGCAGAGACGGUGUGGGAUGGUCAGGAUCUCGACAGUACCCCCCUGAUGGACACCCAGGACCCCAAACCUGGGCUCUGGCAGUCUCCGUGCCAGUCCACCACACCCCCAGAGAAACCCCACUUAAUUGGUGGAAACAGGCAUUACAAUUACCUGCCCAUCCAUCAGCAGAAGCCUUGUGUCCAUGUGAUGAGCUGCUGGGAAGACCGGACUUACCGUCUUCACAGCUCUAACUUGCUGGAGAACAUCGCUGUCAUGUUUGAAGAAGGCGUGGCCAAGGCAGAUGAACUGAACAAGUUGUCAGAUCCAGGAACGGAAGCUGUCACGCGCCGAGUCUUUCAGGAGUUUAUCAUGGACGCCAGGAGAUUCAUAGCCUUUGCAGAAGGGAAAGUGCGAAUGAACCAUCUGACCAUGUUGGAUAAGAAACGUCUGACCAUGUGUAAACAGGAGCUGGAGAGUAUGGUCGGAAAGGCAGAAACCAUCUCAGAGGGGAAGAGGAAGGCUCGCAGUAUGAAGGAGAUGUUGCAGGAGGCUCUAAAACUCACACAGAAACUGAGAUUCCUAGUGGAAGAGCCCCAGCAUACCAUCCCAGAUGUGUUUGUGUGGAUGCUGAGUAACAACAAGCGUGUGGCGUAUGCCCGCAUCUCUGCCCGUGACUUGCUCUACUCUGCCAGCCCCGAGGAGAGAGGCAAAGACUGUGGCAAGAUCCAGACUUUAUUCCUGAAGCCCCCAGGGAAGCGUGUAGCAGGCUGGUCAAUUCAGGCCAAACUGGACGUGUACCUGUGGCUGGGCAGCUACAAAGACUCCUCUCAUAUGCUGGAUAACCUGCCUGGAGGGUUUGAGCCCAAAGGGGGAGCCACUGAGGAGCAGCUUCUACCUGGCAUCCUACCUGUACAUCUGGUAUAUAGAGACGAGCACAAGUUCCAGAUGCGCGCCCACAUGUACCAGGCUCGAGGGCUGAUGGCAGCAGACUCUACAGGACUCUCAGACCCCUUCGCCAGGGUCACCUUCCUGACACACAGCCACACCACGGCCAUCAUCAACCAGACGUUAACCCCGACCUGGAACCAGAUGUUGUUGAUGACCCAGGUCACGCUGCACGGAGACCUAGCGCACCUGGAGCAGGAGCCGCCGUGCGUCGUCAUCGAGGUGUAUGACGACGAUGCUUUGGGCAAGGCAGAGUACCUGGGCAGCACGGUGGCAGUGCCUGUGGUGAGGGUGUCAGAGCAGCCUUACUCUCCGCCCCAGCUCCAGUACAGUCCUCUGUUUUCUGGAUCCCAGUCUGGAGGAGAACUGCUGGGGGCCUUUGAGCUCAUACAGAUCCCAGAGUCAGGAGAAGAGUAUCUGCCUGCGCUGGACGAACCAGACGGUCAGAUCUACCCUGUACCCGGCAACAUCAGACCUGUACUGAGCAGGUAUCGACUAGAGGUGUUGUUCUGGGGCCUGAGGGAGCUGAAGAAGGUGCAGCUCCUGUCUGUGGACCGUCCCCAGGUGUUUAUAGAGUGUGCUGGGAAAGGCCUGCGUUCCUCUGUUAUCCAGAGCUACAAGACCAACCCAAACUUCACCACACUGGUGGACGCCUUUGACCUGGAGCUGCCUGAGAAUGAGAACCUUCACCCUCCCCUGAACAUCAGUGUGGUGGACUGGCGAGCAUUCGGACGCUCCACCGUGGUGGGAAACUACACCAUCAACAACCUGAAGCCCUUCAAAUACACCGCUCCUCCCGCGCUGUCCGCGCCAACCUCACCACGGGGACCUGACAGCAGAGAGGAUUUAGGGAUGAUGCCCCAGUCUAAUGUAGACAGUGUAAUCCCUUUGUCAUCUGAGGAUGUCUCAAUUAACAUCUACCAGGAGAUCUCUCCUACACCACCACCACCACCCGAACCAGACAAGAAGGAAAAGGAAUGGAGGAAAAGCUCUCGGAAGUCGACUAAGAGAAGGAAGCGUACCGUAGCAGAUGAGUCUGGGGAUAACGUCCUCGACUGGUGGUCCAAGUACUACGCUUCGGUAGACAAGAUCCAGCAGGCCAAGCAGAAGGAGGUACAUCCUUUUCCACACGUCUACGAUAACGUAUUUCCAUUCCAAACAUUGCUCUCCGAUGGAGUAGACUCCUUGGUCAGUGGACAGCAGGAUGGAGACAAGAAGAAGAAACCAAUAUUGAAAGUCUCUCAGGAAGGUGUGUCCAAACUGGCAACUCUACAGCUCUAUGACAAAGAACUGGAGUCAGAGUUUGGUCCGUUUGAUGACUGGGUCAACACCUUCGAGCUGUUCAGAGGGAAAGCCAACGACGAGGUUGGGCGUUCUAGUGAGGAGAGGUUUGUUGGGAAGUUCAAGGGUCGGUUCUGCUUGUACAAGCUAACUGAGGAAGAUGAUGUGUGGGAGGAGAGUCCAAACUCGAGCCAGUUUAAGAUCACCCGAGGGAUCCCACCCAACACCUCCGUCAAGGUUCUCAUCAGGGUUUACAUCGUAUCUGCAUCCAACCUCCACCCAGCCGAUACUGAUGGGAAGUCUGACCCCUACAUCGUUCUGAGGCUGGGGAAAACUGAGAUAAAAGACAGAGACAACUACAUCCCCAAGCAACUCAACCCAGUCUUUGGCAGGUCCUUUGAGAUCCAGGCUACGUUUCCUAAAGAUUCCCUGCUGACUACUCUGAUCUAUGACCAUGACACCAUCGGGACUGACGAUCUGAUCGGGGAGACAUGUAUAGAUCUGGAGAACCGCUUCUACAGUCGACACCGGGCCACCUGCGGACUGCCCACUGAGUACAGCAUUGACGGUUAUAACGCCUGGAGAGAUUCCAGCAAGCCAUCCGAGCUGUUGACUAAGCUCUGUAAGGAGAACAGGCUAGAUGGACCUUACUUCCGACCCGGAAGAAUCACCAUCGGGGAGAAAUCCUUCGCUGGGAAAACACUGUUCAUGGACGAAGAGCAGACGGUGGAAUCCUAUGAACAUCUGGCUCUGAAGAUCCUUCACAGAUGGGCUGAGAUUCCAGGGGUGGGGUGUAGACUUGUCCCAGAGCACAUCGAGACACGGACUCUGUACAACAAGGCCAGGCCUGGGAUGGACCAGGGCCAGCUCCAGAUGUGGGUGGACAUGUUCCCCAUGGAUAUGCCCCACCCAGGCCCCUCUGUGGACAUCUCCCCUCGUAAACCUAAAGGGUUUGAGUUGAGAAUCAUCAUCUGGAACACUGAAGAUGUGAUUCUGGAGGACACCAACAUCCUCACAGGAACACAGUCGAGUGACAUCUACGUUAAAGGGUGGCUUAAAGGCAUUGAGGACGAUCGCCAGGAGACUGAUGUUCACUACAACUCUCUGACUGGAGAGGGUAACUUCAACUGGCGCCUGGUGUUUCCCUUUAACUACCUGCCUGCCGAGAAGGUUGUGGUCAUCAGUAAGAGGGGGAGCAUCUUCUCCCUGGACAAGACAGAGCAGAAGCUACCGGCCGUGUUGGUCAUGCAGGUCUGGGACUUUGACAGGCUGUCGUCUGACGAUUUCUUGGGUACUGUGGAGCUGGACUUACAUGGGUUUCCCCGCGGGGCCAAGUCAGCCAAGGCCUGUAAGAUGGACAUGCUGUUGGACAGCGUUGAGACGAUCUCCAUCUUCCAACAGAAGAGGUCCAGAGGCUGGUGGCCCUUUGUCAAGGCUGGGGAACUCACGGGGAAAGUAGAGGCGGAGUUCCACCUGGUGACAUCAGAAGAGGCAGAGAAGAAUCCGGUUGGUCGAGCCCGCAAGGAGCCAGAACCACUGGAAAAACCCAACCGACCAGACACGUCAUUCUCGUGGUUUGUGAACCCUUUUAAGUGUUUCUUCCACCUGAUCUGGAGGAACUAUAAGAAGUACAUCAUCAUCGCUCUGGUCCUGCUCAUCACAGCUCUGUUCAUCGCCCUGCUCCUCUACACCCUGCCAGCAGCCAUCUCACAGAAGAUAGUCAAUGGUUAACACACUGCAUUACCACAGCUGACUGGCUGACUGGCUGGCUGACUAGCUGGCUGGCUGACUGACUAGCUGGCUGACUGGGGCUCAAAAGUCUAAAUGAAUCUACAGUCACUUAGAUAAUCGAACUGUGAAGCAGGGUCGGGACUGAAGCUAGUGAAAUAGUCUGAUGACUAACUCAGGAAUUUAUAAUGUUUCCUAAUGUAGCAAUAUCAGAUUAUAUAUUCACAUUUAUUUAAAUACAGUUGCAGAAAGAGUAUAAAUUACAUUUUAGAUUCAACAAUAUUAACAAAGUUUGCCCAAGGAAAAAAAAAAAUGCUUGGCAUGGGAGCAGUUAUUCAGUACAGUACCCCUCCAUGUUAUGAUCCUAGCACUUAUUCAGUACAGUACCCCUCCAUGUUAUGAUCCUAGCAGUUAUUCAGUACAGUACCCCUCCAUGUUAUGAUCCUAGCAGUUAUUCAGUACAGUACAGUACCCCUCCAUGUUAUGAUCCUAGCAGUUAUUCAGUACAGUACAGUACCCCUCCAUGUUAUGAUCCUAGCAGUUAUUCAGUACAGUACCCCUCCAUGUUAUGAUCCUAGCAGUUAUUCAGUACAGUACCCCUCCAUGUUAUGAUCCUAGCAGUUAUUCAGUACAGUACCCCUCCAUGUUAUGAUCCUAGCAGUUAAUCAGUACAGUACAGUACCCCUCCAUGUUAUGAUCCUAGCAGUUAUUCAGUACAGUACCCCUCCAUGUUAUGAUCCUAGCAGUUAUUCAGUACAGUACCCCUCCAUGUUAUGAUCCUAGCAGUUAAUCAGUACAGUACCCCUCCAUGUUAUGAUCCUAGCAGUUAUUCAGUACAGUACCCCUCCAUGUUAUGAUCCUAGCAGUUAUUCAGUACAGUACAGUACCCCUCCAUGUUAUGAUCCUAGCAGUUAUUCAGUACAGUACCCCUCCAUGUUAUGAUCCUAGCAGUUAUUCAGUACAGUACCCCUCCAUGUUAUGAUCCUAGCAGUUAAUCAGUACAGUACAGUACCCCUCCAUGUUAUGAUCCUAGCAGUUAAUCAGUACAGUACAGUACCCCUCCAUGUUAUGAUCCUAGCAGUUAUUCAGUACAGUACCCCUCCAUGUUAUGAUCCUAGCAGUUAAUCAGUACAGUACAGUACCCCUCCAUGUUAUGAUCCUAGCAGUUAUUCAGUACAGUACCCCUCCAUGUUAUGAUCCUAGCAGUUAUUCAGUACAGUACAGUACCCCUCCAUGUUAUGAUCCUAGCAGUUAUUCAGUACAGUACCCCUCCAUGUUAUGAUCCUAGCAGUUAUUCAGUACAGUACCCCUCCAUGUUAUGAUCCUAGCAGUUAUUCAGUACAGUACAGUACCCCUCCAUGUUAUGAUCCUAGCAGUUAUUCAGUACAGUACAGUACCCCUCCAUGUUAUGAUCCUAGCAGUUAUUCAGUACAGUACCCCUCCAUGUUAUUAUCCUAGCAGUUAUUCAGUACAGUACAGUACCCCUCCAUGUUAUGAUCCUAGCAGUUAUUCAGUACAGUACAGUACCCCUCCAUGUUAUUAUCCUAGCAGUUAUUCAGUACAGUACAGUACCCCUCCAUGUUAUGAUCCUAGCAGUUAAUCAGUACAGUACCCCUCCAUGUUAUUAUCCUAGCAGUUAUUCAGUACAGUACAGUACCCCUCCAUGUUAUGAUCCUAGCAGUUAUUCAGUACAGUACAGUACCCCUCCAUGUUAUUAUCCUAGCAGUUAUUCAGUACAGUACAGUACCCCUCCAUGUUAUGAUCCUAGCAGUUAUUCAGUACAGUACAGUACCCCUCCAUGUUAUGAUCCUAGCAGUUAAUCAGGUAAUGUAGUAUGUAAGGAUGGUCAUUUACUCUAUUUUAACAUAAAUAAUGUACUUUAAUAAAGAAUUGUUGAACAACAAAA